GUGCGCACUUCACCCUCCCCGCGCGUACCGGUAUUUAUCUUUUAUCACAUACACAAGCGCAAAGCUAACAGGAAGAAAAAUAUUCGAAAAUUUCAAAUUUCAAAACCCUAUCCUCCGAGAAACCCUCGCAAAAUCACAAUUUGCCUUAUUUUCUUUUGCUCAAUCUAUACAUGGCUUUAAACGAUCCACCAAAAACCCUAGAAACCCGAGUGGACAUUCGGGGCGCUGAAUGCGGGUCCGGAGAAUCCGAACCUGAAGAAGAAGACCUGCAGAAGCUGGAAUCAGAUGUGAAGCAAAUGGCGCAGAAGAUUCUAGAGUACAGAGCAACACUCCCAGAUCAGCUCAAGAGCACCUUCGCUUCGAUUCUUUCAUCCCAAAGACCAGUUUUGUCCGGGUUUGAAUCUGAGUCAGAGCCUGGACCCUCCGGAGAGCAUAACCGUGGUUCUGGAGAAUAUGUUGAAUCAAGUAAGGGGAAAACACUAGUAAAAGAAGAGCAGAAAACUGCUGAAAAAGUAUCUUUGCUUAAAACUAAAAUAUCCAGUAAUGCUGCUGCAAUGCCUACAGUUCUGAAGAGGAUGAAAGAAUGUAUUGCUAGAAUUGAGGAACUAGAUUCCUACAAUGGAAUCAUACAUCCUGCUUUUAAAAAGAAAAGGCCUAGUUGACUGAAUCAUCUUUACUAGCUUAUAUUUUAACAGUUGGCGUUAGCUUAAAGGGGAUUGGUAAGGGUACACCCAGUGACUGACAUUAUGAUUUGUACAAUGAACCCUUGUAGCUCAAAUGGGCAUGGCAAAAUGAGGGAUCUGCUGACAGGGUUUGGGAGUUACCAUUGUAUUGUAAUUAUUAAAAGCAUCAUGCUUUAUGUGUAACGUAAGGUAUUGUUGAUAGAAUGAUACAAGCAGCUCAAAUUUAUCCA